AUGGCCUUCUCAAACAGACAACUGUCCUACAUCAGGCGUGUGGCAACGCCUCUAUCACCUGGCUCCCCGGCGCUCCUGUUUGACAGCUGGGGCGUCUUCUUGUCAAACCCGCCGGGGGAAUUGAACGCUUUUAUUGAGAUCCAGCGCUCCGCCUCGGGGCUCACUCUGGGCCCUGAACUGAUCAUCAGCUCCUCAACCGACCGCCACCACGCCAACCAGACCGCGGCGGUCUUCGUCAGAGACGGCACGCAAAACGUCGUCUUCGACCACGUCACCGUCAAGGGCGACGCCACGCGCACGAACAAGACGGCGCGUCAGGACACCGGCCGGCACGGGGGCUGCGGCGUGAUAUUCGGGCAGAACACGAGCGGCGAGAUGCGGCAGUGCCGCGUAUUUCAUCACGAGCUGUCGGGGAUCCAGGCCCGCCUUGGGUCUCGCAUGGGGAUCUACGAUUGUGACGUCUCGUCGAAUGGAGGGAUGGACGUGUCGUUGAACGGGGGUGAGCUGCUGCGCAGUCCUUCGACGUUCGAUGCUCGACUGGUUUGGUCGGUCACAAGCCGUUGUGGUUUUAGGCCCGCUUGGGGAUUCGCGUGGGCAUCCGGGAUUGACUUCAUCCCCAGAUUAUACGGGGGUACUACAUGGACGAACGGAAAUCUGCGAUGGAUAUGGGCGAACGGAGCUUCCGAGAUGACCGUGGACCAGUGCACGAUCCGCGAGAACGGACACUACGGUGUGUGCAUCGACGCGCUUCCGACGACCAUCUCGCGGUGCCGCAUCGAGGACAACUACUUGGAUGGGAUCCUACUAGACUGGCCGCACAAAACAAAAGUGGAGGGACCAGAUGAAGCGGCCGCCAAGAGGCGCAUCUGCGAGAAGGGACACGUGAUCAUAGAAAAUUACAUCGUACAAAACGACUUCGGCAUAGCGGUGGAAGAAGGCGUGGCUGCGACUCUGGACGGGAACGUGGUCGAACGGAACAAGGAGACUGGGGUCUACUUCGAUGAGGCGAAGGGCCACACAUGUUAUCCUUGCCAACUUCAGCAAUGUCGCAGCGUCGUUCUAGGAAAUAAUGUGAUCAAAGACAACGAGAAGGGCGAUCUCGCCGUGGAUGUCAAGCGGGUAAUGCCCACAGAUCAACAUAUUGAUCUUUCUGAAAGAUAG